GCAGAUCGAUCUGACAACUCUCACGACAACCUCACCCUUCUCCAUCCCACCCCCACCAAACCCCAGAUCACCACUCUUCACACCACCACACUUCAAGCCCGUCAGCUCAGACCAAACCGUCAAAAUGCAUUUGAUGUAUGUCCCCGCCAAGAACGCCGACGGCAAGCCGCUCGCGCGCCAGUACACCCUCAAGAAGGUCCUCGACGGCCAGAUCACCAAGAGCGCCCACCCCGCUCGCUUCUCUCCCGACGACAAGUGGUCUCGUCACCGUAUCACCCUCCGCCGCCGUUUUGCGGUCCUCCUCGCACAGAGUACUGACAGUGGCUCGAAGCGGGAUCCAUUGACCGAAGUCAAGACUGAAUUCUACGUCAAUGCCGCCACUCGUUAUCUGUUCGCGUCCGGCCUGAGAAUCGUCUCUCCCACCGACAUUGUUAAGAAGGAAGCCGACAACAACAUGGAUAAGAAGGAAGCCGACAAAGUCAAGUUCAAUGCCAAGGCCGCGGUCGUCUCCCUUAUGUUAGAUCAACACAUCGCCAAGCAGGAGGACAAUUUCGACAAGAAGAUCAAGGCCAUGCUCGAGGCCAAUCACACGGACGAGUACUACCUGGACCAGUACUACAAGAUGGUCAAUAAUAUGGAGAACGAGGCCGACGACUGA